UUCCAAACUUCUUUCUUUUGAGUGAUUUGAAAGAAAUCAAUGAUUACCCUUUACUUCUUGAUUGAGAUAGAGUCAAGAUUUGAUAUCGAGAAGAAAAGAUGAUCAAAAAUAUUAUCGAAUGCAUAUUUUGUGAGAGGAUUUUCUUUCACUUUAGAGCGAUUCGAAACCAAUAGAAUAUUAAAAUAAAUUUCAUUCUUUUUUUUUAUCACCGAGUAUUGCUCCGGUUCUAGACAUGUUCGAUCUAAAUCGGUUCUGUUUCUAAUCCAUGAAUUCGAAACCCAUUUUUGAAGUGGAAUAGUUGUUACACAAUUUGAUUCUGUGUAGUAUGGUAUGGUGCCAUAUUGUUAUGUCCCAAAUCCUGUUCUGGUAAUCAUUGAUGUGCAACCUAAAGAAUUGGGAAUUCCAACUAAAGCCUACUAUGAUAUUGAAGAAGUCAAAGAGAAUGCCACACAGAAAAGCCAGAAGGUUUUUGUACACGUGCAAUCAGAAAUUGCUGCUCAUGAAGUUGAGGAAAUCGGAGUGGAGCACUUGCUCAGGGAUGUAAAGGAUACUACCAUUAACACCCUUGCAACAGAGGUGACGGGCAAACUUGCAGCUUUAAAGGGGCUAGAUGCACGUCUCCGCGAGAUUCGUGGUUAUCUUGAUCUUGUAAUUGAGGGAAAACUCCCUUUGAAUCAUGAAAUUCUGUACCAUUUGCAGGAUGUGUUCAAUCUUCUUCCUAAUCUCAAUGUGGCCGAGCUAAUCAAGGCUUUUGCAGUUAAAACAAACGACAUGAUGUUGGUGAUUUAUCUGUCUUCUCUCAUCAGAAGUGUAAUUGCUUUACAUAAUCUGAUAAACAACAAGAUGCUAAACAAAGAACACGAGAAAGCUGAAGAUGCUGGUCCAGCAGCUAUCCCAGCUGUAGCAGGGAGCUAAGAAAUGUAGUGAUGAUUGUUUAGCAUCACUGCAGCUGAAGAUGCUAGUCCUCCAGUUUCAAUCGCGCUGCAUGAUUGGCAACCAUUUCAAGACCUCCAUGCUUCUUCUACAAGGGUUUAAGCAUUACACGUUCUAUUUUUGGACCUGUUAGGAGCCCUAUGAGUGGGAUCAUAGGCUCUUCAGUCCUUAGUUUGCGCAAAUUAUUUCAAAAAUCUGAUACAACAUGGGUUAAACAGCAACGUCAAGAAUCAGAACUCUGUUUGCUUUUUAUGUUACACAAUUUCUUAGAAUUCUGAGACCAUUUUAAGCUGUAAUUUUAUAUGAUUCCAAAGAAUGUACAGUUUAAUGUUCGGUUUCUAGCUAUUUGAAAUCCAAACCGAGUUCUUGCA